AUGAGUUCUGACAGCUCCGACGAUGACCGGCCACUUGCCAGGCCUAAUGGACAUCUUUCAUCAUCCAAAGUGUCACGCGCCGAGGACAAGGCUUUGGAUCGUUCGCAACCACGAAAGACGAGCGGCAUGGCUGGUAUAGCCGUGCGUAACGGACCAGUUGAUGAUGCCAUGGAUUUAGACGCUCCAAACGGUGUUAACAAGCGCAAAUCACGCUCGUCCAUCUCGAAAGUCAGUUACAGGGAUGAAUCUGAUAGCGAUGGCGAGCCUCUGGCCAAGCGUCCAAAACCCACUUCCAGGCCUGUCGACUCGGACUCCGACGAUGAACCGAUCAGCAAAGUCAAGGCAAAGAGGAAGUCAACGUCCAUGCUCGCUGAUUCGUCCGAUGAUGAGCAGCCCUUAGGCGUUCAGUUGGCGAAGAAAAAGGCAGCCAUUGAGAAGAAGGCAGCCAGUGAAGCUCAAGCGAUUCGCGCAAAGGAGGCAAAGGCGGCCAAAUCGACUCCUAAGAAGAGUAUAAAAGACGAGUCGGAUGAUGAACCGUUGGCCAAGUCGUCUGCAAAUAAACGCCAGUCAAAUGGUAGUUCUACCAAACGCAAAUCCAACGGCGUCAAGAAAGAAGAGUCCGACUCUGACGCGCCGAUCUCAAAGAAGGCCAAAGCUAAGAGCAAGACAAUGACGCCUGCUAAGGGCAAGGCCGCGGCUUCAGCAAAGGUUGCCAAAAAAUCCAAGGAAACCAGCGAAGAGGAAGAGGAAUAUGAAUGGUGGAAUGCACCGAAACCCGAAGACGAUAGCAUCAAGUGGCAGACUCUUGAGCAUAAUGGUGUUCUCUUUGCUCCAGAAUAUGAGCCACUUCCCAAGAAUGUCAAACUCAUUUACGACGGCAAGCCGGUGACCUUGAAUAAGGAGGCAGAGGAGGUGGCGACAUUCUGGGUUGCUAUGAUGACACCUGCCUCUUCACAUCACCUAGACAACCCAGUCUUCCGCAGCAAUUUCUUUAACGAUUUCUCAGAGAUCGUGAAGAAACACGGCGGUGCAACAGAUAGAGAGGGAAACAAGGUUCAGAUCAAGAGCCUGGACAAGUGUGACUUCACAAAGAUCUACGACCACUGGCUUGCUAAGACAGAGGCAAACAAGACAAAGAACUUGUCAAAAGAGGAGAAAGAGGCCGCCAAAGCGAAGAAAGAUGCACUCGAAGCGCCCUACCUCCACUGCCUAUGGGAUGGCCGAAAACAAAGAGUGGGCAAUUUCAGAGUCGAACCCCCAAGUCUGUUCCGUGGUCGUGGCGAGCAUCCCAAGACUGGUCGUGUCAAAACUCGUGUGCUUCCAGAACAAAUUACCAUCAAUAUUGGGAAGAAUGCCAAGAUUCCCACUCCUCCCGCAGGGCACAAGUGGAAGGCUGUGCAGCAUGAUCAGAAGGCAACUUGGCUGGCCAUGUGGCAAGAAAACAUCAACGGUGCUUACAAGUAUGUGAUGCUUGGUGCCGCCAGUGACGUAAAGGGCCAGAGCGAUUUCAAGAAAUUUGAAAAGGCUCGUGAGUUGAAGAAAUACAUCGGCAAGAUUCGCAAGGACUAUUCUCGGGAGCUCAAAAGCGAGAUCAUGGCUGAUCGUCAACGAGCCACGGCGAUGUAUUUGAUCGACCAGCUCGCUCUCAGAGCUGGCAAUGAGAAAGACACGGAGAAUGAGGCCGAUACAGUCGGCUGUUGCUCGCUCAAGUAUGAGCACAUCACACUUGAGCCACCUGACAAGGUCACAUUUGACUUUUUGGGUAAGGACAGCAUUAGAUACAACGAGACUGCCCAUGUCGAACCCCAGGUCUUCAAGAACCUGAAGCUGUUCAAGAAGGCACCAAAGACGGACGGAGAUGACCUUUUCGAUCGUUUGACCACCUCACAACUUAACAAGCAUCUCAACAGCUAUAUGACGGGUUUGACGGCAAAGGUAUUCCGUACAUACAAUGCGUCAUACACCAUGUCGACGUUGUUGAAGGAACUGUCGCAAGACCCUCGAUCCCGAGGCACUAUCGCUGAGAAGGUCAAGCUCUACAACGACUGCAACCGUAAGGUCGCCAUUCUUUGCAACCACAAGAGAACAGUGGGUGCGGGGCAUGAACAGCAAAUGCAGAAGAUGGGUGAUAGAAUCAAGGGCUUGCGAUACCAGAAAUGGCGAACUAAAAAGAUGAUUCUUGAUCUCGAGCCAACUCAGAAGAAGAAGAAGGGUGCCAGUUGGUUUGAGCUCGACGACGAUCUUGACCAGGCUUGGAUCCAGGAGCAUCAGCAGUUCCUGAUCGAGGAGCAACGCACCAAGAUUACAAAGAAGUUUGAAAAAGAUAAUGAGAAGCUCAAGGCCAACAAGGAGAAGCCAAUGCCUGAAAAGCAACUUAAGGAGCGUCUUCAGGCAGUGAAAGAGCUUGAAACCAAGUUCAAGAAGGAGAAUAAGACUGGCAAGGUUGAGGCAGAGGGUAGAGGUGCCUCCGUGGAGAAGUGCAUGAAAGCUAUUGAAAAGCUCGAUGAGCGUGUCAAGAUUCUUGAGACCCAGGCCGAAGAUCGCGAUGGAAAUAAGGAAGUUGCUCUUGGAACUUCCAAAAUUAAUUACAUCGAUCCUCGUUUGACGGUCGUAUUUUCCAAGAAGUUUGACGUGCCGAUUGAAAAGUUCUUUUCCAAGACUCUUCGAGACAAAUUCCGAUGGGCCAUCAAGUCAGUUGAGGAUGUUGAUGACUGGGAAUUCUAA